CACUGUUAUAUAAUCGUACCGGUAACAGGAAGGAGUCUCGGUUACAAAGUUGAUCCAACUCCUGUGCGUAGUUUUUUUUUCAUAAGCAAGCCACUUCGAUGUAUUCCGGAUUCUAUAAAUUGCCCGUUAGCAACGAACAAUUAAACACCGGUUUAUGAUCGUGGCACAUACCACGCACCACCCAUUGGAUCGGUUCCAACGUUUGACUUUCAUCGGGCACGUUUCUCAUUUUCUCCCAUUGCACGGUAACCGAAGCAUAUUUCCCUCAAAAUCGGCCUGCGGACGUGACUUUCACAGGACAGAAGAGGUAGAAGCCUUUUCGAACGGUGGGGCAUCGCGAUUGCAGCCGAUCCUUACGUAAACGACAAACGAUUAUAAGUACAGUUGAUGGAAGCGAUGUAGGGUGGUCGCAAAUUGGUCGAAUUUGAAUUAGAGCCUUGUUCAAUUAGAUGCAAAUUCAAAAGGAUCGAUAUCAACGUUAAUAAUAUUAAUCGCGAUCGAUGGGGUCUACGGCGUCCACAGCGAACGUGUUAAUGCACGAGCACCGUACGUCUCUUCCUCCAACUGUACAAAAUGUGCCGCAAAGCACGUCCGUUACCAAUUUCUUCUCUUCGACAGUUUUUUCUCUUUUUCUCUUUUUUUUGCUCCCGUUCUCUAGCCUUGCCCCUUUCGUCAUCGACUCUCGACACUUUGUUCUUCGUGUCUCGUGUCACGGAUACGGAAAGGGAGGACGAGAUUGCGCAACGAGGACGAUUUCGUUUGCGGACUUGUUGCGAAUCGACGUUCUUUUUGUCAACGCGUUCACCAGAGAAAUCAAUAUUAUUGGGCAAUAAUGUUUGAGAAAUCCUUGUCAUCGAGAACAAUCGAACUACGAGGUGUCCGAACGAUCAAUUAGCGCACAGUACAGUAGUUGAAUGAACCGCGAUGUUUCAUAGGAACAAAGAAAGAAAGCGAGACCGAAAGAAUGGCUAAUUUAACGCAAUCACAAUUUUCUAUAAUUUUCAUUCAUCAACGUUUCAUGCGAUCCUCUUCCUGAUACCAUCUCGCGUGUACGUUCUCUAAACAGUCAUCUCUUCUGGGAAAUACGGAUCGCCUUGCUAAAUUCCUGCUUUCGCGUUCCCCGCAUGGGCGGUCCCUCCCAAAAAUUGGACCUUAACCGAAAACUGUCGUGUUACGUAAUCAUAAUGGUGUCUUUCUCACCUCGUCCGGUUACCUGGUGCAGCCAACUUGUAAGAUACGCACAGUCGUACAGAAAAGGGUUACGAAACGCUUUCUCCCUGUAUGAUGGAUAUUUUAAGCAUGCAGGCUGCACCACUUCCUGCAACACUGGCCGGGCCUACAUGUGAAAAAACGAAAAAUAAAAACAAAGAAUGAACAUUGGAACGGAGACACGGUCUCGUCCGUUACCUUGCUCUUAACACUGACUCCCCGAGAUCAUUUAGAAAGCAAGCAAACCGAUUCGAAGUAUUCGAACGGAAGUAACAAAGGAAUCUGGACUUCAACGAUUUAUGCGUUUCUAUAUAAUCGUUGUUUUUCCUGUCCUCGAGCAUUAGAUUUUCCAAGCGGUUAAUCAAGUUAACAUCGUUGAUCGAAGGUCCCUAAGGAACAAAGUACACUUUCCGUGUUCUUGUUAUUCCAUACCAGUAAUUAGUAAUCAAGUACUUCACGAUGCUAACAAAAUUGCAUACAUACGAUUUAUAUUCUAAAAAUAAUGACACGUUUGAGAAUUAGAAUUGAAAAAUUGACGGAUCUAGGGUUCCCUAGACUAACCGCGCACGAGCUAAAGUCACUAGACUUAGCACGUUGCGCACGGGAAGUAAGGAUAUUAUUCGUUUAAUUUCCAUGUAAGUUUGUUGCGAUUAAUUAACGCGACAGGACAGACGGAAAUUCACCACUUAAAUUGUUUCGUGCUCGACGAGCUGCGAGAGUAAAAGUGUUUCGAGGAAAAUGCAUUUCAGACGCUUUUAUACCGUGUCCAGAAUAUUAUGUUUAGUCGAAAACGAGAAGAUAAUGACGAUAGACGAAAUCGUCGAGCGGAAGGAAGGAAAGUUUUUUAAAUUCUACCGAGAAGCAGAACGAAACGAACCCCCUAAUCUUUUCACGAUUAAACGAAUUGUUUGUCGAUGGGAAGACAUAAUCUUGAUACAUAGUCUGUCAUUAGAUAAUUCUAUUUUCCUGUUCCACUUCCAAGUGGUUCUGGUUGACUGACGGUGAGCUAGAUACAGCUUCGAUGUAAUUAACAGGUAAUAAAGUGGUUUAUUAUGCGCGUGAUGGUGUUUAUUAUUAUAUCAUCUAGGUGGACAAUAUCAAACGAAACAGAAAAAUUAGAGUUUUUAUAAUGUAUUUCGAAAUUGUACAAGCGACACGUAACAGAAUUUCUCUUUUUCGCAAAGAAUAUGUUAAUCGCGUUUGAAAAUGUCACUGCUUGAUGAACAGAAUUCGGAAUAACGAAUUAUUUAUGAUUUAUCAUUUAUAAUUACUCUUUCAUUUAAAUUCUGACAGUUUUAAUUAGCGAUGAUGAUAUAUAAGGUGUUGUAUCUGAAGUAAUGUCAUUUAAAUAUCCUUUAUUUAUAUAUAAACAGGAUAAAUGGAAUACAUUAUUUUACAAAAGAUUUUUGGUGAAAUCGAUCACGUAAUACAAAAAUUCCACUAGCGUCGUCCUGUUACGUGACAUCAAGAUGGCAUAAAGUAUCGCUAAAAAAUUUUCCAUUACCAAAUAAAUGAUAUCAGUAAAGUUUAUAGGCAAUAUUUAUAUAAGAAGCGUCAUGGAUCUUGGUAAAAUUAAAAAUUCAAAGCUACCGGUAUAAAAGCACUAGAAAGAAUAUCCAGAGAUAUGAAUUUUAAAUCAUUUGUAUUUUUUACUAUCGACUCUUAUUUAUGAUCCUAUGUGGUCCUAUGACAUUUUGUCAACCUUUUAAAAUUCGCAAGGAUUUCGAAUUUUUUUAAUAAACAAAUUUUCUUGCAGACAAACACAGAGCCUUCGUAUUCUCCGUCUAGAGAUCACCCCUUAAUGUCAAUGAACCCCCUGAUUCAUAAUUCAGAAAAAUCAAGGAAACUCGUCGAACGUUAUCGUUUUUCCAUCUCAUCCGCGUUACGAUGAGUUACCUUCUCGAAUAAAGAAUAAAACAGAUAAUCCAGAAAAGUUGUACACAUGCCCCCUGUACGCAUCGUACGUUUUCUGUUACGCAGCUGGUGGAACGCGCGAAACGAACGUAACCAACGUUGCCCGCUUCCUAGCUUUUACGUAACCGUAAAGUCGAGCGACUUUACUCUCCCACCUCGUCGGCUUUUCACCGGGUGGUUUUGGCCACCUCGGUUCGUCCUUUAUAAGCACACAUCCCUGGCCGUUCAAAGCCAGAAACGUAUCGACAACCGUGACACGGUGAUCGUCUUGGGGAUUAGUUUCUUUUUUUCCCUUUUUUUGUUUUUAAUUAAUCUCGUUAUUUCCAUCGCACCGCGAGCUCGUUCGAACGGACAAGUUUCGAAGGGUAGAAGCUUGAGAGUAAAUCAGCCGACCAAGAUGCGCUCCCAGACCAUCGCUCUAAUCGUGUUUGGAAUAUUGGCCGUGGCACUGUCUUCUCCGGUACCAGGCUACCAUGGUUCGUACCACCACGUCAAGGUGCACGUGCCUUAUCACGUGCACACGGUGCAUCAUCAUCACGUGAAGAAGGUACCUGUACACGUGGUCGAAAAGGUGCCCGUUCCUGUUCCAAUUCCCAUCCAUCACGUGAAGAAGGUGGCUGUCCCGGUACCGGUGCACCACGUUGAAAAAGUCCACGUACCUGUCCCGAUCGUCGAAAAGGUCCAUGUGCCUGUACCCGUUCACGAGGAAAAACAAUGGUGGUGAUGGGAACGCUUCGCCUUUCGGCUUGUUAUUGCUUAGGUUGUAAAAUAAAGAGAGCAUUCGAGUUAAUAUAGCGUUUCGUGAGGUUUCUUUUUGAUCGUUUCCGGAAGUAUGCACGCUAGAAUUUAAAUGAUUCUAAAAUAGUACAAAAUAACUCGAAUCGCUUGUUUUAGUCAUUUAAGUAUGUAAUAUAGGUUUAUUGCCACUUGGUAUGCACAUGUGUGUACUUAGUUCAAAGAUACUUGUACAUACUGUAUUAUGUUACAUUAUUUUUUUUUAUACAAUACACGUGUUUAACAAAUA